GCGCUGGCUUCAUCGGGAGUUUCAAAUAUCAACAAUAGUAUUAACACCACCACCACCCCUCCUGCGGAAGAUCCAUUGAGCAAAAAAGAGGAGCAAGCGCCGAGCAAUGCUCUUCCACGCCAACCUCACGACCAUCUUUCUCUUUCUCGCUUCUCUCAUCCUAUCAUCCAACCACUUGAUCUCCAUCGCUCUUGAGUCUGAAGUGGAUGAUGAGAGUCCAUUUACUUACACCGAGGGAACUGAUCAAGGGCCAAACAAUUGGAGCCAAAUCGAUCCACAUUGGAAAGCUUGUGGUCAUGGGAAAAUGCAGUCUCCUAUUGAUCUUUUGGACAGAAGGGUGCAGGUUUUUCCUGCUCUGGGAAAAUUAAAAAGGGAUUACAAAGCAGCUCCUGCUGUUGCUAGGAACAGGGGACACGACAUUACAGUGGUAUGGAAAGGGAAUGCAGGAGAAAUUAACAUAAAUGGGACUAACUACAAGCUGCAACAGUGUCAUUGGCAUUCACCCUCUGAGCAUACAUUCAAUGGAUCAAGGUAUGAAUUGGAGCUCCACGUAGUUCAUUUAAGCUCCAAUGGAGAGAUAGCUGUUGUUGGAAUUGUUUAUAAAUAUGGCCACCCUGAUCCCUUCCUUUCAGAGCUGUUCCACCACAUAAAAUCAGUAGGAGAAGAAGAGAAAGAUUUGGGGAUUGUUAACCCAGGACUAAUUAAAUUUGGGAGCAGAAAGUAUUACAGAUACAUUGGUUCUCUUACAGUUCCUCCAUGCACUGAGGGUGUUAUAUGGACAAUGGUCAAGAAGGUGAGGACGGUUUCAAGGGAGCAAGUGGCUGCUUUAAGGGAAGCUGUUCAUGAUGGUUUUGAGGCAAAUGCAAGGCCAACUCAACAAUCAGAUUCAAUAGCAGUUGAGUUUUACACUCCAAGGGUGAAUGGAGGUUCUACUUAGGUGCCAGUAAUCCGAUGGACGUCAACAUGUAUUGGAGCAGAAGGGUUGUAUAAUUUUCAUGUUUUGAUCGGCUAUCGAUCUUUGUGUUUUAGUGAUUAAUGUCAUUACUACUGUCUUCCCAUGUAUCCCAGAACUGUCUUGAGUUACCUAGAGGGAAGCAAAAACAGAUCAAUAAACAUUGACUUUUACCU